AUAGACUGGAAAAGGUAUCGGGAACACUAAAAGUGGCAUACAGGCAGGGGAGGUUUGGAUAGUGGUUCCAAUCUGCGCAGGCUGGACGGCAGACUUUCGCUUGGGCGUCGUGGAUGCGGAUUAUUUUGUACUCAAGUAGAUGGUUCGGCGUGCCUCCAGAUUUGGAACGAAAACGAGGAGCAGGGGAUGCUAAAGAUAAGGACGAAGAGCACGACGCCGUGCAGGCUAAAUCUGUCAGGCCGCGGCUUCCCCAGGGCGACGGGAAGAAGACGGUUGCCCCGCAAGCAGGAAGGAAAAGGAGAAGAGGAAAGGUCGGAAGCAGGAAUGAGGAAUGGAAGGACACAGGGGGCAAGGAGAGAAAUAUUGGGUGGGAAAAAGAGGGCGCUGAGGUCUCGUCGAGGGCUAUCAGCAUUCAGCCAUUAGGAGGGCAGGCAGCUCGUCUCGUUAUCCUCCCAGAGGAGAAUCCGGUAAGCGCGGAUGGAAGGCUGCGGGAAUUGGUGGAGAGCUAA